GCUGGAAGCUCCCCUUAGCCUGUUUGCCCUUAUUUAAUUUCGAGUGUGAUUUUGCUAUUUUUAGCAGCUGGAUCCCCUCCAAUCCGCAUUUGCAACCAGCAGCAGCCAGGAGGGGGGUUGUUUUAAUUCGCUCACAACACAGACACGCCAGGAGCAGAGAGAGGAGGGGAAAAAAAAUAAAUAAAGGGAGAGAGGAAAAAAAAAAAAAAAAAAAGCCAAAGCCCCGAGCACCCGGCUCCGAGACCCAGCUGACUCGCUCCGUAAAGGGAGACUCCUGUAAGGGCUCUGCGAUGCCGAGGAUGAGCGAAUCCGGCGCCAAAGCCGGCCAGGCCCUGGCUUCCAAGGGGGAGAAGGACGCCGCGGAGAAGAGGGGCCGGGGACGACCCAGGAAGAAGCCGCAGCAGGAGCCCAGCGAGGCGCCGACCCCCAAGCGGCCGCGCGGACGACCCAAGGGCAGUAAAAACAAGGCCGCCCCAAAAGGCAGGAAAGCUGCAGUCACACCAGGGAGGAAACCUCGAGGCCGACCCAAAAAAUCGCAGCAGGACGAGGAGGAGGUGAACAUUUCCCAGGAGUCGUCCGAGGAGGAGCAGUGAAGCUCGCCCUGACCGGCGCUACCUCAGCCCCCCCCCCCCCCCCCCCCCCCGGUGGUCCCCUCGCCGGGGAGGGGGGACAGGACGGGACGGGACGGGAUGGGGGGGGGACAUGCCACGCGCCGCCCCGGCUUCUUCCUCCUCCUCCGCUCCCUUCUCCCACUCGGACAACAGCAGCACUGGAAUUCAGCCUCCCCCCACCCCCCCCAUACCCCCGGCACGGCGGCAGCGAUGCCCCCCCCUCCCAAAAAAUAAAACGCAGAGCCGCACCGGGAAAAAGCUCCGCUGCGGCCACUGCUCGCCCGGGGCUUCUCCCCCCCCGCAGGCUCUUUUUUUUUUUUGGGGGGGGGGGGGGAUGAUUUUUUUUUGUUUUUCCCCUUUCAUUCGCAACUACCUCUGGAUAUUUAAGUUCCGCUCUCUGAGCUCGCCGCCCUGCUGCUGCUGUCCCCGUUACGAGGUUCGUUACUCCGACGAGGGCUGCCGGGGGCAUCGUCGGGUUGGGUUUUUUUCUUUUUUCAGGGGCUUUGGGUAUUUUUUGUUUGUUUCUUUUCCUUCCUCCCCUCUGGCCACGGUGAAUUGACACCACAGAGCGGAGCCGGCGGCGCUGGGGCAGAGGGAGCUGCGGGUUUAUUCUCCCUAUUUUGGGCUUUUUUUUUUUUUUUUUAGGGAUGAUUUUUUUUAGGACGGGGCCGCUCCGCUGCUCGGAGGGCCGGAGCCGUGCAGGGUGCUGCGGCGGGGAGCCCCACGCAUCCCGCAGCACCCCGCGGUCGCCGCUCUGCCCGCCGAAGGUUUCGGGUUUGCGUUUCGGGGGUGUCCACGCCGCCACAGUUGGGAGAAUUUUUUUCUUUUUUCCCCCGUUUUUGGUCCACUGUUAGCGACCUUUUGGUUUCCUACUUGCAGUUACUUGAAUAAAACGUUUUAUGGACGU